UAAACGGCAAAUGGGAGUAUUGUCGCUACGAGUUCAACAAUUCGUGUACUCUACAGUGUGACAGAGGGUUCAAACUUGUACGAAAUCAAAAGAUAGUGUGUGAUAUAAAAGGACAAUGGUCAUCGCCUGGGAGUUGUGAAGAUGCUACAGAUGAAGGGGUGUGUUUUGAGGGUUGGUAUGGUCCAAAUUGUCUGUACAAUGAUCUGAUGUUUGAAGCAAACUCAAUCUAUCCAAAAGAAUUACUUGCCAGAAAUUCCUGUUUAACUACCGACACAAUUAAUGCAACGUUUCAAAAGAUCAAUAUGCUCUCGAUCAGAAUUGCACUAAAAUAUAAAGUUCCUGAGCUAAAUAUGUCUCUUUUAUAUACAACAAUAAAUGGUAGUAUGUUUUUGUGUAACAAACUAAAAUUAUUCUGGGUCGAUAAUACCACGUUUGAGAUUGAAUGUACCAGAGAAGAAAUCAUAAAGGCGUUCAAAGUUUUAUUCAGUGUACCUGUUAUGGUCUGUCGAGUAAGGGUGAAUGGUGGUAGAAAUGUUUUAAAAGAAUCCAAAGUUUUUAUCUCUUCAAAUUCAAUGAACAUCCCGGCUGUUAAUUACAUGAAAGUAUUAGAUGGACACGUAGACGACGAUAACUGUUUGUCGAUAUAUCAGUCUGGUCGACAAAUAAUCUGGAGAUCAAUAUUUAAUUGGCCAAGAAUAAUUAAGCGAAUUCUGAUAUAUACCAGUGAAACCUCGACGCCACAGAUGGAACAUUUUAAAGUUGAACUCUACGAUUAUAACGAUUUGAUAGCUUUUACAAAAGAAAUUGACAACUUUUCUGUCCUUCACACAAUCUACGUUGAAAAUAGUCGAAAGAUCAUGAAGUUAACCUUAAGUACCAAUGAUUCGCUUUCGCUAUGUGAAAUACAAGCGUUUGGAGAGUGUUCGAGAAGGAGAUUCGGUUUGACAUGUGAUUACGUGUGUAGUAUGACGUGUGUUGAACAGGAUUGUCAGAUUACUGGCCCCUGCAAGGAGUGUGUUGAAAACAGACGAGGGGAUUACUGUAUGGAAACUAUACAAAGCCGCAUCGCUUUUAAUUCAUCAAAUCUAACUAAAGUGGAAAACACCCGCUUUAUCCCACAGCAAGAAGACAAGCUGAGCACCAUAGAGAUACUUAUGAUGUUCCUUGCGGCUGUUGGUUUCGUUCUUAUAAUAGCUAAACUUUGCUCUAAUAACAGCUUCACAGCCGUCUGGACGUACCCAAAAUACGACGACCGGCAGCAGUAUGGUAAAUGCGCCAAGGCGCAUCUGAUUGAUGAACUUUUGACCUAUGAUGCAACUACCAAUGGAAGCUACCGCCAUUUAUGGAGGGUCAGUGACACUGAAUAUGAGUACACGUUUUUCCAUGGCCAAGAUUAUGGUGUUGACCCCAACACAAGUUUUCUUGUCUAA